ACGAACUGUACGAAAUGGCAGACGACGACGGGCUUUUGCUCAACUUUUCUACAGACAGUUUGACUCCUUCAUCUGCUCACCUCAAGGUUAGAGAUGUGGCUGCUAAUAUCAAAGGAGGUUGGAAAAAGAAGCGCGCUGUGGCGAAAAAGCUGGUCCAUAAAGCCCGGCGAACAUUGGACGGACCGAAGGAACCGGUCAACAAGACGGCAAGAGAAGCUGAAUCGACUUCCCGGGACGGGAUAGGUGCAAAGCGGAAGGCUGCGCCCACGCGGGGCUCGGACAGGCCGGCCAAAAUACAAAAAGCUGACACAGACCCCUCCCCUCCCAACGGAAAACCUAGACCCUCCUCCACACCCGGAAAACAAAUCGUAUCAUCGAUUUUCACCUCUAAUCCCUCCAUUCCCACACCGCAACCCUCAACCACCUUGCCAACCCCUCCGGAGCCCGCCAAUGAGCAGAUCUUUGAUGCAACGACAUUCGCGGGUCUAGGCCUUAACCCCCUCUUGUGUACACACAUCACCACGAAACUCGUUUUCAAAGCGCCAACAGCCAUUCAACGGGCAGCAUUACCCUCUCUCCUUCAUCAUGCAGAGCGGGAUCACGUCUUACAGGCCCAAACAGGGUCCGGUAAAACGCUGGCUUUUUGUCUACCCAUAUUGCACCGAUUAUUGGCUGCGGAGGAGGAGUACAAGGCUCACGGCCGAAGCGCAGCGCUGGAAAGAAGUGUGGGAACCCUGGCCAUUGUACUGGCUCCCACCCGCGAGUUAGCGAAACAGAUUGAAAGUGUUUUGGAGAGUCUAUUGCGGUAUUCUGGCCAUGCUGCGAACCCCUCCGCCGAUGGCGAAGAGAACAUGAACCAUAAAUCGGAACAAGAUACAAACUCUUCGGAUUCUCAUCAUCGUCACUGGGUUGUCGCUGGACACACCAUGGGAGGCGAAAAGAAGAAAUCGGAGAAGGCUCGGUUACGGAAAGGCAUUACCAUCCUCGUCUCAACGCCUGGUCGUCUCUUGGAUCACCUGAAAACCACCAAAUCUUUUGAGACAGGCAACUUGCGGUGGCUGGUUUUGGAUGAGGCCGAUCGCCUGCUAGAGCUUGGUUUCGAAGAAACUCUGAAGGAUAUUUUGAAAUUGUUGAAUGAACGGCGAGAGGCGGCUCACAAGAGUCGAUCCAGGUUACUUGUAAAGGCAUGGCCUCGUACUCGGCAGACAAUUUUGUGUUCCGCGACCAUUGAAGGUGGUGUCCAGAAGUUGGCGGAGGAAACAUUGAACGACCCCGAAUUCAUAAAGGCGGAGAGCAAAGACAGGAAAAGCAAACAAAACCGAGAGGAGUCUGGUACGGCUUCUCAACAGACCGAUCAGAGCGCGUCAAGAAAUAAAGAUGACAAAGUCAUUGUCCCGACGCAGCUCAAGCAAAAGUACGUUCUUGUACCGGCCAAGCUUCGUCUGGUAGCACUGCUGGGCGCAUUAAAACACCUGAUCAAGUCCGCCAAACCGUGCAAAAUCAUGGUGUUUCUUUCCUGUACGGAUUCAGUUGAUUUUCACUAUCAUCUGUUUGCGAAUGGACACAAGGCGCCCGCGAAGGAUGAGCCGGAGGAAGAUGACGAAGAGGAGGAAGAAACGCAAAAUGGUGUAGACGAACACGAUGAGGAUGGACAGCGAGGGAAAUCCACAGGAAAGCAACGUAAAGAAGACCCAGCUCUCCUUCCUCCGGACAAUUCUCUACUCCAAUCUGGUACGGAAACCCCCCUUCUGCCAUCUUCCCUACUCUUCAAACUCCACGGAAGCCUCCCUCAAUCCGCACGUACAGCCGCCUACAAUGCCUUUGUCCGUACACAGAAGCCCGCCAUUCUGCUAUGUACCGAUGUAGCGGCUCGUGGAUUGGAUAUGCCGGAUGUGACCGCAAUUAUCCAAUAUGAUCCUCCAGCCGAUGUCAAAGACUAUGUGCAUCGAAUUGGUCGAACGGCUCGUUUGGGAAGAGACGGUGAAGCUCUUGUCUUUCUGCUACCGAGUGAAGUCGAAUAUGUGUCCCUACUACGUGGGCAAGGCUUUCGAGUUGAAGAAGUUGGUAUAGAUACGUACCUCAACAAUCUCAUUACUGAUCCUCACAAAAAGCCCCAAAAAUCGCGAAAAGCUUAUGAACAACCGGCCAGUAACAUCCACAUGACUUUGGAACGUUUCGUGAUCUCCAACAAUCCUACGUUAUCGUUAGCACAACAAGCCUACACCUCCCACGUUAGAGCAUAUGCAACCCACGUCGCCUCGGAGCGACACAUCUUCCACGUCAAAAAAUUGCACUUGGGGCAUGUUGCAAAGAGUUUUGCUUUGCGUGAGGCCCCUGGAGGACUGAUCGUCGAAAAAGAGCGAAAAGACAAGAUGGAGAAGGAGCGCAGAGAAGAAGAGAAGAGGAAGAACAAACCCGGGUCUAGUAUGUACAAGAGAGGGAGUGCCGCUAUUGUAUCUAGUGUAAGCGAGUUUGGAGACGGUGGGGCGAGUGCAUUAAGUGGAGGAACGAAGAGGAAGAAAGCUCGAGGUUGAUUGUGAAUAGAGAGUCAAACGUUUAUACCUGAAACAUUUAAUGACAUAGACAAUCAUACAC